GAUAAAGUUUCGCCCGAAGCGAACACCGUUUAGUUAAUUAAACUAAUACUUUAUUGAUCGCGUGACGGUCUCAUGAUGCGGACAUAUAUCAUUGGUUUUAUGGUUCUGUUCGGUGGCGUAUACGCCAAACAUGAACUUUAUGAUGGGCACAUACUGUACGAAAUAACCGUACAGCAUGCGGACCAAGUGCAAUUUGUGAGCCGACUGGAGACCUUAUUGCAUGUGGACGUCUUCUCUUACGCCGUCCCAGGAAGACCAGGUCACGUCCUGGUAUCGAAAGACAAUCGAGAGCUGUUCGAAAAUGAACUCUCCGCAGCUGGAAUAGAAUACAAAAUUGUCGUGGAAAACAUUAAAGACAUGUUGGACUUAGAAGAUAAGUUAUUGCAAGAAGCAGUUAGCAAAAGUAGCAACAGAACUAGAAACGGCGGUCUGUCGUUUGAUAGAAUUUACACAUAUGCAGAGAUUGAUGCAUUCCUUGACGAUUUACCGAGACUGUUCCCUGGUCUCGUGACUCUAGUCAACGCUGGCAAUAGUGUUGAAGGAAGACCCAUAAAAUACAUAAGGAUAUCAACAACAAAUUUUCAGGACCCCAUUAAACCUGUGAUCUUUAUAGAAUCCCUUCUCCACGCAAGAGAAUGGAUCACCUUACCAAUCACUUUAUAUGCCAUCCACAAAUUGGUGAUAGACGUGACAGAGCAAGAUUUACUGCAGGAUAUUGAUUGGGUCAUACUGCCUAUUGUUAAUCCCGAUGGAUACGUAUUUUCACACGCUGAGUCCAGAUUUUGGCGGAAAAACCGAGCGCCAGGAGCACUAUGUGCCGGCGUUGAUCUGAACAGAAACUUCGAUGUUAACUGGGGCACAGCAUCCAGCAGUAUCGCAUGCAUGGAGACCUAUCACGGUCCAAGGCCUUUCUCCGAACCCGAGACCUCUAUCAUUAGGGAUAUCAUGCUCGAACACAGAGGUCGUCUUCAGCUAUUCCUUGACAUCCAUAGUUUUGGAAGCCUGAUACUUUACGGUUAUGGUAAUGGAGUCUUGCCACCGAAUGGCCUGAUCUUACACACGGUUGGUGUUCAUAUGGCUACAGCUAUUGAUGCUGUCAAAGCAAGCUGGAAUCCUAAUUAUACUGUAGGAAAUGUAGCAUUGGUUCUGUAUGAAGCAUCAGGAAGUGCCGGAGAUUUUGGUCAAGCUGUUGGCGUACCUCUGUCGUACACAUACGAACUCCCAGGCUACAGAUUCGGUAUCGGAGGCCUGGGAUUCUUGGUCGAUCCUAAUUUUAUCGAACAAGCUGGCAUGGAGACAUGGGAGGGAAUUAAAGUUGGCGCGAGAUAUAUCCGUGAUAACUACAGACUUCUAAACGUUUAGAUUUACGCUUCUAAAAUACAGCUUACUUUAAUAAAUUUGUAUUUAUAAGCA